AUGGCUGCCAGCAGUGACCUCCGUGGCUGGCUGAUGAGCGGGGUCUCUGGCAUAGCCUGCGUCCUUGGUUCUUCCGUCAUCUGCAUCGAUGUUCUGCUGCAGCGAUUCUCUCGCCGCAAGAACUUCCAGAUCGUCAACAGCAAUGGCUUCUUGUCAGCCUCUCUGUGUCUGAGUUCUGGUGUUCUGCUCUUCACCUCCCUCUAUAGCAUGCUCCCUACCUCGAAGGAAUACCUCACUCGAGCUGGAUUCUCCCCCCGCGCAGCGGCCUACACUCUCAUCGGACUCUUCUUGGCUGGGGUGAUCGUCAUUCGACUUAUUUCUGCUCUCAUCCACCAGCAUAUUCCCUCUCAUGUCGUCGAUUGCGCCCAUACUCACGAGCCAAACCAAGAUCCCGAACGCGGCGAUGCUGGACGGCAAGAGCAGCCGGCGCCCGCUCUUCGCCAGGCAAAUGGCAACACGGAACGGACGCCUCUCCUGCGACGAACAAAUCCGCCAUCAUGCAAGUCCACACCGGGUGCUGUUGAGCGACCAGCGCUCGAACCUCUGCGGUCCCGGUUGACUCGGCGCUUCAACCAGCUCAUGGGUGGCGUCAAACCCCUCUGUGACGAAAACGGCCCGUGCUAUGGUUUCUCGCAGACCUGCGGUCUUGAAUGUUCCAAAAUCCUCACUCCGCAGAUGAUUAGCGUCACCGAUGAGAUUAUUCGGCCUUCCUUAGCUACGCAUCACACCAUUGGCGUCCAGCUGGACUCGGAACGAGCAGGGCCUGAAGAAGGUGCUGGCCCAGGGUUGCUCGUUCCGUCGCAUGAUUUGGCACAAGACUUUUCGGGGCCAUUGGAUGCCGGUUCCUCACAGGAACACCAAAGCAGCGCAUCCUCCUCGCGGACAGGUCUCCAAGCCUAUCCCUACAAGUCCCCAGAGGACCAGGACGAGUCGACCAAAGCUCCACCGGCCGCAUCGUCGCAACACCAUCACCACGUGCCCCAGAAUGCCUUCCUAUCCAUCGGCCUCCAGACUUCGUUAGCUAUUGCCCUCCACAAGCUCCCAGAGGGCUUCAUCACAUACGCUACCAAUCAUGCCAGCCCCACGCUCGGCAUGACCGUCUUCGUCGCCCUCUUCAUCCACAACAUCAGCGAAGGCUUCGCCAUGGCCCUCCCGCUCUACCUCGCCCUCCACUCCCGCUGGAAAGCCAUGUUCUGGUCCAGCCUGCUCGGCGGAAUCAGCCAGCCCGCCGGCGCCGGCCUCGCCGCUCUUUGGAUCUGGGGCGCGCAGAAAGCCGGCCACGGCGACGCGACUACCGGUCCCUCCUGGGGUGUAUAUGGGGGCAUGUUCGCUGCUACAGCCGGCGUCAUGACCUCCGUUGGUCUGCAGCUUUUCAGUGAAGGGCUUGGAUUGACGCACCAUCGUGGGAUGGGUGUAGGAUUCGCGAUCGCUGGGAUGGGUUUAAUGGGGCUGAGUUUUGCGCUGACUGCGUGA